GAAGCGUGAUGCGAUGCGCUACAGUAGUAUGGUGUACCUGGAUGAGAUCUGAUUUCCUCCCAUCCAUGCAAACCUCAACACCUUGAUAGAACCCCAACGAUAAUCAUACGCGCGUUUACAACUUGUAAAGCAAAUCUACCACUCAUCACUGUCUAAGAUCCAGUGUUCGACGCUCUCGACAAGUCGAACAGCUGCCCCGAUAGCCGCCCAUUCUCGAACCUCCCCGGCAUAACACUUGCCUCACGAUGGCUGAACAACUGCUGGAUCAGGUCCGCGAUGUUGCCGAGGGCCAAAUUGAUUUCGAAGGCCAGAAGCUGGUGGAACUUCUCGUCAACGUAACUCUGGCGCUUACAGGUGUUGUCUCGUUCCUCGUCGGAUAUAUCUUGCAAGACAUCAAGCUGGCGCUCCAGAUCGGACUUGCCGGAACCGCCCUCACCUUUAUCCUCGUCGUUCCUCCGUGGCCGUUCUACAACCGCAACCCUGUCAAGUGGCUACAAGUCGGCGGCGGGCUGGUACCGCCACAAAGCCUGAUCGUAGAUGAGAAGAGUUUCAGGUAGACUGGCGUUCUUGUCGCAUCGUCGCACGGUUCAGGUGUACGUCCGCGAGAAAGGAGGUUGAGCAAAGCAACAUCAUCAAAGUAUGAUGCGCCGGCCAUGAUAUUCAUACUGCUGCACGGUGAAGCAUGCUCGCUGAGCCAUGCUCGAUCUGGCGUGGCCCGCUAGCUUACAUUCGUGGAAGCCUCUUAACGUGUGAUACUCCCUGGCUUAUGCUAUCUAGACUUAUGAAAAUUCGCAGACGUUGUCUUCAUCCGUGUCUCGCCCUUCAGCAUGGUCGAGUAGCCGCAAACAGGCAUCCAACUCCUGAUUUCCAGGCCUUUAACGGCCGUAUUUCUGGAACUCCCAAUCUCUGUUGUCGAGAG